AUGCGGCGAGAGCCUCGUACCCAUUCUAUGUGGCUCAGACCCUCGUCCUUGACUCUGGGUCCUACUCUAGGGUGGCCUAAAGCUGUGGUGUCCAUAAAGCCUGAUACACACGUGUUCAUUGGAGAGACUGUUACUCUCAGAUGUGACAUACAGGGAGGAGGAGACACUCGCCGGUCAUACGGAUGGUAUAAGAAUAGCUGGUUCAAUCAAUAUGGAGACUCGUUAUCUUUCUGGGUUGAUGCAAAUUCUGACAGAGAUUACUACACCUGCAGAGACGACUAUACACAGUCCAGUGCUGCUGUUAGACUGACUGUAUCAGUAAAACCCAAACCGACUGUGAGAGUGAAUCCUCAGAGCUCCAUCUACACCGGAGACACCGUCACUCUGACCUGUGAGCUGCAGGAGUCCACUGAAUGGGAGUUUCUCUGGUACAAAUAUAAUCAGCCGUUACAACGUUUCAGCACUGAACCAGUAAACACCAGCACACUCUCUGUGACAGUGAAUAAUACAGGAGACUCAGUGUAUAAGUGCAGAGCACGCAGAGAUAAAGCCUGGGCGGAGAAAGAGUCCUACACAGAGUACAGCAAUGAAGUCAUGAUUACUGCAACAGUAAAACCCAAACCGACUGUGAGAGUGAAUCCUCAGAGCUCCAUCUACACUGGAGACACCGUCACUCUGACCUGUGAGCUGAAGCAGGGCACUGGAUGGGAGUUUCACUGGUACAAAAAUAAUCAGCCGUUACAGAGUUUCAGCACUGAACCAGUAAACACCAACACACUCCCUGUGACAGUGAAUAAUACAGGAGACUCAGUGUAUAAGUGCAGAGCACACAGAGAUAAAGCCUGGGCAGAGAAAGAGUCCUACACAGAGUACAGCGAUGAAGUCACCAUUACUGCAACAAAGAGACCAGAGGCAGUACUGAGUGUAUCUCCACAGAGCUGGCUGACUGAAGGAGACUCAGUGACUCUAAACUGUGAGGUUACAGACUCCUCUACAGACUGGACAUUCAGCUGGUACAGAGUUGUUACCUACAGAGACGAUGUAAAUCAAAUAAAAAAUAAUGACGGACGAAGAUCUGGAGGCUCCUACACUCUCAGUCCUGCUGCUCUUAAACACACAGGAGUGUAUGUAUGUAGAGGAGAGAGAGGAGAACCAGCCUUACACACACAGUACAGCAAUCUACAGACACUAUGGAUCACUGGUGAAUCUCCUCCAGUCUCUCUGAUCAUCAAUCCCAACAGAACUCAACACUUUACUAAUGACUCUCUCUCACUGAGCUGUGAGGACCAGAGACACUCUACUGGAUGGACAGUGAGAAGAUACACACACAGUGGAGGAGUGUCAGAUUGUUCACAGUGGGGAUCAUUUACAGGAUCUACAUAUAAAAUCAGCUCCCUCUACACAUCCUACACUGGAGUUUACUGGUGUGAGUCUGAAUCUGGGGAAAACAGUAAUCCUGUCAACAUCACAGUGCAUGGUCCAUCAGGUGAAGAAGCUCCAUUCUCAGUGCUCAUGCUGAUCAGUAGUGUAGUGACGACCUCUCCGUAUCUGCUGGUCACCAUCAUUCUUCUGCUCAAAUGUUAUAGAGCUCGAGAUCACACCCAAGAAAAGAGAAUUGAGAAUGCAGUCAUAGUCGAGUGA